CUCUCAGCUCUCCACUUUCUCCUCUCUAGCUGAAGCAGAAAGACAGCCUCCUUCAUCCUCAUCACCAGACACAGUCAUGACCCUCUACAGAGGCACCAGAUCUGUUGGCGGCGGCGCCUACAUGAGCAGCAGUAGGUCCAUGCACGGCGGUGCUGGUGGCAAUUAUGUCCGGAUCUCCACCGGUGGCUCCUCCAUGUCCAUGCAUGGCGGAGGCGGCGGUGGUGGAGCUAGCUUUGGCUACAGCUACAGUGCAGGAAGUGGCGGAGGAGGUGGAGCUGGUGGUUUUGGAUUCGGCGGCGGUGACGCCAACAGCAUGGACAUCUCCACCAACGAGAAGGCCACCAUGCAGAAUCUGAAUGACCGUCUGGCUACCUACUUGGAGAAGGUCCGCAAGCUGGAGGCGGCCAAUGCCGAGCUGGAGCUGAAGAUCAGGCAGUUCCUGGAGAGCAAGGCCUCCCCCUCCGCCAGAGACUACAGUGCCUACUUUGCUACCAUCGCAGACCUGCAGGGAAAGAUCCAGGACUCUACCAAAAUCAACGGUGGCAUCUACCUCUCCAUUGAUAAUGCCAAGCUGGCUGCCGAUGACUUCAGGCUCAAGUUCGAGAACGAGCUGGCCAUGCGUCAGUCGGUGGAGGCCGACAUUGCUGGGCUGAGGAGAGUCCUGGACGAGCUGACUCUGGCCAGGUCCGACCUGGAGAUGCAGAUCGAAGGUCUGAAGGAGGAGCUGAUCUUCCUCAAGAAGAACCACGAGGAGGAACUAAUGGCAAUGAGAAAUCAGAUGAGCGGUCAGGUCAACGUGGAGGUGGACGCCGGUCCUCAGCAGGAUCUCACGGCAAUCAUGGAAGAGAUCAGAGAACACUACGAGUCCGUCGCCGCCAAGAACCGCAAAGACCUCGAGGCCUGGUUCCAACAAAAGACAGAAACACUAAACAAAGAAGUAGCAGCCAGCACAGAAACCAUCCAGACAUCCAAAUCAGAGAUAACAGACCUCAAACGGUUGCUACAGAGUCUAGAGAUCGAGCUUCAGUCGCAGCUCAGCAUGAAAGCCGGGUUGGAGGGCACCCUGGCUGAGACUCAGAACCGGUACGCCAUGCAGCUGGCGGGUUACCAGAACCAGGUGAUCAUGAUGGAGGAGCAGCUGGUGCAGCUGAAGGCUGACCUGGAGAGACAAGCCAACGAGUACCAGAUGCUGCUGGACAUCAAGACCAGACUGGAGAUGGAGAUUGCUGAGUACAGGAGGCUGCUGGAUGGAGAGGGCGGCGGCAGUGCCUCUUCCUCAUCUGCCUUUUCCUCCUCCAUGUCCUCCUCCAUGUCCUCCUCCACCUCCGCCUCCGCCUCCGCCUCCGCAGCCCCCGUCUCCACCUCUGUCACCAAACAGAAAAUCAUCACUGUCGUAGAGGAGCUGGUGGAUGGAAUGGUGGUGAGCUCCAAAGAGACCAUCUCCGAGGCCCUGUGAGCACCAGCAGGAGGCGCUCUCUCUGCUCUCACACAGACAUAAACAUGCAAAUAAAAGUCUGCUGAGGCGCUUUCAAAAUAAAA